AGUGGCUAUUGAAGUGAAUGUUGGAGUCAAUGGUUUAGAGUUGAACCUAGAAGUGGAUAAGGAACUGAGGGAUAAAACUCGAGGUUUACUUGGAAAUUUCAAUGGUCGUCCCAAUGAUGAUUUUCUUCUUCCUAAUGGAACUGUCCUGCCUGCUAACAUGACAGAGAAAGAAAUCUAUAGAAAUUUUGCUACACAAUGUAGGUUCUUUUAUUCGAAUGUCUGCUCUCUUCAUAAAUUUUUCUACUUAUUGCUGUCAUUGCUGGCUAUUUUUCUUGAAAAUGUUGACGGUUUACUAUUGUAAAAUAAUAUCAUUUUGAAUUUUCAAUUAUGUUAAGUAGUUUGAGAUCCCACUAGUAAGGGAUAGCUUUUUGAAAUUUGAUAAAAAUUAUUUUGCAGAUCUAGUAUCAGCAGCCACAUCAGUAUUUUUCUACAUCAAAGGACAGAGUGCUGCAGACUUUUAUCAUCCUGAAUUUAUCCCUGUGACUAGAGACACCCUGAAUCCCAAUGCAACGCUGUUGAAAACUGCCACAGAUUUAUGUGAAGGACAAGAACUUUGUAUUUAUGAUUUCUUAGUAACAGGGGAUGCAAACUUUGCCAACAAUACAAAAAUGACUUGGGACUUUUCUAUAGCUUCAAGAAAUGUACUAGGUACAAUUUAAGUUCAUUAUUAACCAUAUUAAACCAUACUUUCCCCAGCUGUGGUUUUGAACACCUAUAAAAACAAAAACAGUAACUUAUAGAUUUUGAUUAAAAUAAGACUAUUAAAAAUAUAAUAAUGGCUACAUUUUGCAGGAAUUUUAAAAAGGCUAAUGGACAUACAUACUGGAGUGUUUUUUAUAUCUUUUUCUCUGCUUCUAACAAGUUAGCGUUUAACAUAAUUUAUUACAUGAAACAAUCUGCUAUACAUUUUUGCACAUAUUAAUAUAUGAUUGAUACACAUAGAUAUUACAGGCACCUGUUGGCAGGAUGGAGUACAACAUACACUUACAAAUCACAUUGCCACUAGUUUAAUUAGCGUUUCCACUUGUGAAAUAUAAAUAAACUAGGGCUUAACCAGAUGCAGUGUUUUAAACUGGGUCCAGUUAUUUUGAGAAAAUACCCUGUGGGUCAAAUGCACAGUGUGAUAUAUUAUAUAACAUACACAACAGUUUUUAAUAUGUUAAAAUUUAAAGAAAAGAAAAGUGAAAUUUAUUUACCAGCAAUUUUCAUGAAUUAAUAUUUUUGCCCUUCUGUUGACAAUCCCUAAUUGAAUAUUGUAUAUGUCACACAGAAAAUUCUUUUUUUUAAAAUUAACAAAAUUAAAAUUGAAGUUUAUUUAAUACUGAGAGUGGUUCAUUUUAUUUGUUUUCAGAAAAUAUCAUCCCCCAUGUUGAAGUUGUCCAGAGCAGUGGUACAUUUGUCAACGAUCGCUGGUUUGUUCAGGAGGGUGUUGUCAACACACUGAGGUUUACAGCCACUGAUCAAGAUGGAGAUUUGCUGACAUACUUGCUGGAUGGCAGCCCUAGAGAUGUAUCUAUCAACCAGAGUGGUUUCCUUACAUAUUCACCAAACACUUUAGAUCCUGUCAAUAUAGCGUAUGUGAGCUUUUAUGUUAGCACCCAUAAUCAAAUAAGCCGUGCAAACUUGUCUCAUUGAAUUGUUUUUAAGCAGAUUAUUGUUGUGUAGCACAUGGUAAUUAUUGUGGUAGUAGCAAGGUUAACUAAUUUACUUAAUUGAUAGUUCAGGAUGCCGGCUUCUCUUAUGUAAUGUAAUAACUAAUUCACCUUUUCACUCCUCAACUUGAUGGCCUCUCACACAAUGAAGUAGAUGAUAACUUCCACGAAUAAAUUACACAGUACUUUAUUACUUCACUUACUACAACAAUAAUAAUAAUAUGUCUUGCAUUAAUAUCCAAGUGAAAAAUCCAGAAUGCAAUUAUCUCAUACAUAUAUAAUACUCCACACAUGAUAGAAAUAAUUCACAUGACAGUAAGUUAAACACGUCCUAUCUUCUGUUCGACUUAAAAUGUACUGCCCUGAUCACUAUAACGUGCGGUUCACCUCCGCUGUACAAAAAUAUAGUUCAUUCUCUUUUCCCAUGAAAUACUGCUAGUUAAAAAAGUUCACUAUUCAAAUCAUGACACCUCCCUGACUUAAUGGUUUCGUGUUCAAAAUUGCAGACAUGGUCUGUUACAUGUUGUAAAUCAGCUAUUGUGUCAGUCACUAGUUGACAUAGAGGCUACAAAUUUGUUACUUAAGUUCAAGCAUAGGCCUACAUCUCUCUAUUUCAAUGAAGUUAUCUUAAAUUGAGAUAAAUCAUUUUAGAAAUUAAAAACAAACCAAGUUAAAACAUGCAAAAAAAACAACAACAAAACUAAAGACCUUGGCAAAAUAAAUUUUUAUAAUUUAAAGCAAAAAUAAGUUUAUAAAAAAUAUAUAAUUUUCUCAGUGUACGGGUCAAGGACUCAAAGAAUGGAUACUCCCCAUGGUUGUAUGUUUCUACAUUGAUAUGCCCUCAGUGUUACAAUCAUGGCACAUGUCAGAGUGCUAAUUCAUCCAGGAAAACUGAAAAUUUCUCUGGACAAGUUCAGAUUUUAAAGUGUACCUGCCUAGCUGCCUUUAUAGGUGAGACAUUUAAAAAUUUUAUUAAUAGAAUAUGCGUAGAAGAUUACCAUUGACUCUUUAAAUAAAUGCUGGAGUACAUUUUAAUUAGCAAGAGAGUAGAAUCAUGAAACUUAAAUAGAUAGCAAUUAAACAAAAGGCAUGAUAACUUUGAGUGGUCCUCAAACGUUCAGGUGAUAAAUGUGCUGCUGAGAAGGAUGCUUGCAAGUCUAAGCCCUGUGCCAAGGGACAGAACUGUACAGACCUGACAGCUGCCCAGCAAGGAAACAGUUCCAUAGGCCAUGUGUGUGGACCAUGUCCCACUGGCUUUGAAAAUGUUGAGGGAAGAUGUACUGGUUAGUGAAUAUUAAAGUAGACAUGUUAUUCAUACUGACAGUGGCUUACAGAGGCAUUGAAACAAAAAUUAACAAGGAAUAGAAUUUGGAUUUAUCAAUAAAUGUUUUUAAAUAUAUUUAGCAAAAUAAGAUAUUUAAUUUUCCAUGAAAUCUGCAUCUUUUUAUUGAAACAUCAGUAUUUGAUCUAUGGUAUGCAUUGGACAGCUCUGUCUUAGGAAUAUUAGUAAAUUAUAGGGAUAUACUUUUACAUAUUUUUUACGUUAUCUUCUGCCUUUAUUUUCAAUUAUUCUUUGUUUUAAUCUAACUUUCAAUGCCCUAUAAGUUCCUAAAAAAUAAAUUUACCUACAGAUAAAGAUGAGUGCAAUAGUACCAACGUCUGUGACCACAUCUGUACUAACACAGAAGGCUCUUUUAUUUGUAGCUGUGAGAAUGGCUAUGUUCUUAGUCCAUUAGAUUCAAGGACCUGUUUUGGUAAGCCUUAUACUUUUACAGCUAUUAUGGAUCAGUUUUUCCCAAACUUUGUCGAGUGACAAAGUCACACCUAUCAUUACAUAUAUACUUAUAUCAAUACAUGUUAUAAAUAAUAAUGAACAGACACUACUCUGAGAAGUAAGAAAUGGCAGCCCUAGAGAUAUUUAGUAAGAAAUUUCAAGAUAAGAGGAUUCAUUUUCCUUGGAUAGAAAAAUUAAAUAAAGACAAUUACAUUUCUCAUAUUUUUUGUGGAAAGGGGGGGGGGGGGGGUGGGUGUGUUAAAAAAAUUCAAAGGUAGCCUAUGUCGUCAAUUGAUUGAAUGACACGAAUUCAAAGCUAAUAAAAUAAUUUUUUUAAUUUCUUGUAUUCAGCAAAGAAUUGCUCUAAUAGAUGUGUGCCAGAGAAUACAGAAUUCUGUAACGAACCCUUGAGUCAAUGUGUUUGUAAAGCUGGAAUUACAAGCAAUGACUGCUCUGUACUGGACAGCUGUCUGAGCAACCCUUGUCCAAACAACUUGCUGUGUCAACGGAAAGCUAACGGCUAUGAAUGUUUGUGUAGGAAUGGACUGCCAGUAGAUGCUGUGAAUGGAUGCAGAGGUAAAAAUUACGUUUACUGUCUAUUCUAAGAAUAAUAUUAUAGACAAUAAAAGUAAACAGUAAAUAAUAUUUUGGAUGAAAUAAAUUUUUUUUAUCUAUAUAAAAAACUUGAAAAUAUCUUUCUUACACUGCAUGUUAAUGAAAAAUUAAUAUUAUUUAAAAAAUAUUUCCAACAUAGUUCUGAAAGAAGAAGAAAAUUAUAUUUAAAGCAUAUCCUUUUGGUUUUUUUAAAAUUAAGAUUGUAACAGAACACUCACAGCAACAUCAGGAAAACUUAUGAGUACCAACUACCCAUCAAACUAUCCUGAUGAGUCUUAUUGUACUUGGACUUUGGUGUCUCAGGAAGUCAAUGCCAUUAUUACAUUGAAGUAAGUUAUUGUCAGUUUGUUGCAAAAAUUAAAUAAUUAAAUGUAUAAUGUAGCAAUACAGAUUCUUGAAUUUAAAUUAACAAAGUAAAAAAAUGUGUCUGUUGUGAAAAAUUAUUCAAUUUAUCUUCAUCUUAUAAAACUAUUUUUCAUUGUACCAGGGGAAUAUUUCAUUAGGAUGGUUACAUUUUUUUUUACUCCUUGAGCCGUGUGGGUAUAAAGUAUUAAUAGGAAGUUUCCACUGGGAAUAAAAUGCUAAAUACAAAAAGAAUAUAUAUAAUAAAGCUUUCAAUUCUCACUGAUUUUGGCUCAAAAUAAAAUAUAUUUAUACAAUUAGGAAGAUCACACUGGUUUCAGUUUUAGAAAGGGGAACACAUAAAAUUAAGCCACGCUUUGUAAUUAAUAGGAACACUAACACUAGUCAUUGAUUGAUAGUAACAUAAAAAAUAUUGAAUAGAACUUAAAAGGACACUUUUUAAUACGGCAGUUCUUUUUUAAGAAUUACAAACGGAUGAUAUUAAUGAAACCAUGCAGUUUCUAAAUUUAGAUGGCCUUCUAAUCCUGAAAGUGAUUUUUAAUGGACCAAUAGGGUGUAAGGUUUGUUUUGUCCAACUUUGAAUUUAUUGCACCGCCAGUUUUUAAAAACACGUGUCUGGUCAAAAAUAUUUCUUUUCUAAAUCCAGUAAAAAACUGUACAUAAGCCUGUAUGGCGGUACAACUUGGCAAAUGUAUAAAAACUGGACAAAGUAUUGGUAAUUGGUAAGACGUACAGGUUGGCAUGUAUGGGUAUAUCCAAAUGCUUGGUUAAAAAAGGUAUUGAUAUAUACAGAGCUUUUCCAUUCUGUUAUAGUUUACAAUGCAAUUAAAUUUUUUCAUGAAUAACUGUAUUAUUAAAAAAGAUUUGUCUUUGAGAUUUAUAAAAGUAUAAAUUGAGUAGGUAAUAUCAUGGAUAACACUAAAACUUUUAAAUAUAAUUUAAGAAAACUAUUUAUAAAAACUUGCAAUAAAUUUAUUGAAUAGCAUCACAGACUUUGAGAUGGAAGGAUGCCCCUUUGACUACCUAGAGGUCUACGAUGGUUUCAACACUCAUGCAAAUUUGAUUGGUCAAUACUGUGAAGAGGUUCCUAAUACUAUUGUUUCCUCUGGAAAUGCCUUGCAUGUUGUCUUCACUUCAGAUUCAUCUGUAAAUCUAAGGGGAUUCAUAGCUUCUUAUGUAGCAGAAAGUGAGUUGGGAAGUGAAUUAUGUUUUGUUUUUUUAAAUUGUUAGAAAUCAGCAGAUUGCAAAAUGUUGGUGAUAAAUUUUUAAUGUUCACAGUUGCUGUAUUUUAUUUGUUUAACCUUACUUGAAUUCAACUGGGGUAUGACUUUGUUUAAAACUUUAAGGAUUCAAAUUUAUUCUCUUAAUAUUUUAAUGAUUUUAUUUUCUGAUAAAUUAAACAAAUGUCUUAAUAGAUGCAUGUAUAUGUAUGCUGAUUAUAUUUAUAUCUGAAGAUCUUUUUUUUUAAAAUUUAUAACUUCCCUUUAUUGUAGAAGUUAUUUAAACUUAUAACUGUUGUAGGACUAGGUCAAGAUGUAAUCUUUGUGUUGCCAUAUCCAUCCCUGUGGUGCUACAGCCCAUAUACGGCUUUGCCUGCCUCACUACUUCCUUCCACUUAUUCUUAACUUAUGCAUUUCUUUUCCGUUUUUCUCUGGGGUUUUGAUGAUGUACCCUCUUCUCUCCUCUGUCAUUUGCCAUUCUUUCUAAUUGUCCUGCUCAGCGUAGCCUACCCAUUUUUUAUUUCUGCUACUACAGUCAGAUCCUGUUAUAGACUAUAAAAUUCCUGGUUGGUUUGUAUUCUCCAUCCAAAUUUAUCCUUUGUUGGUCGAUAUAUUUUCCAAAGAAAUGUGUUGCCAUAGAAACUCUAAAUUUUUUUUCAGCACAAUGCAGGAUCAAACGAUGUACUCACACUUGCCAGGUUGUCAGCACUAACCCUCGAGUAGAGACUUGCAUCUGUCCACCAUGGACCAGACUAGAUCCCCACAAUGACACCAGGUGUCUGGAGAUUAACGGUAAAAUUCUAUAUUUAUUUUACUAAAAAUAAAAAAUAGACAAACAUUAAUUUUUUGAUGAUAGCAAAUUAUAUAAUUUGUUCUGGACUAAUUAUUGUACUAUGUUUAAAAAUGUCGUUAACAAUUUAUCUUGUCCAUAUAUAGAAUUUAUGGUUUUCAUCCCCAAAAUAUAUAAUAAUCAUUCAUAAUUUUCUGCAGGUUGUAACUCAACUGUAGCAGAAAAUUCUGGCUUCAUAGUAAGUCCAUCAUACCCACAGAAGUACAAAGGUAACCUUACUUGCAGCUGGUACAUUCCAGGUUCCCAGAAUGCACCCAUCACUUUAAGGUACAGGACUAUAGUUUUGUAUGGUUUCCUUUGAUGAUAUCUAACACCAACCAAAUCUUAAACUUAUUUAGGUCAAAUGCCAUAUUUUAAAAUGGGAAUGCGUCAGAAAUACAGUAUGUAUCAAAUUUGGGUUGCUUAAAUUGGGGGAUUGUUAACUAGUUUGGGAGGCAGUAUCAGGGGGUACAGGGAGACCCAAAAAAUCAGGUUUAUUUGCAUUUUAUUUUUAAAAUUUAUCUUUAAGGGUGCAGAAAAUAUAUAUUUUGAAAUCCAGAUGAGGUGCUGGAAAUAUUUUGACCUUAAAAGGGGGGUACGGUGCUACCAAAGGGUUAAGUGCCCCUGACAUAAAUGUUUGAUUUUUAAAAAGAAAUAAAUAUAAAAAUUUUCCUCUGUUAGUCCUACUUGCUCAAAAAAAAAAUAUUUUUUUAACUAUGAUUUCAGAUUUUCUGAUAUAGAAAUGGAGAGUGAUACAGCAUGCUCCUAUGAUUCUGUCACUGUGUACAGUGGAAAUUCUGUCCAUGGCCCAUUGCUUGGUAAAUUCUGUGGCAGUGCCCUACCCCAAGAUGUGAUGGCAUCAGCUGGGACUGGCAUGUACAUUGUCUUCAAGUCUGACCCAACUAUCAGUGGAAGAGGAUUCCAGGCCCUGUUUACUAACUAGUUUAGUGCACCUGCUUUUAACUAUUAGCAAAUAGUUUAAAGAAACAUGGUUUAAAAUAAUGAUUUCAUUGAAAAAAACAAGGAACUCUCUUUGAAUAAUCUUUGAAUUUGAAUGCUCCAUUAUCUUAACAUUCUUUUGUUUAAAAUUUGAAUUAAUUGCGAAC